CCCCUCCCCUGAGACAUGUGUCCGCUUUUCUCCCGCCCACUUGAGGCUCUGGCCCCGCCCCCAGCCUCGCUCUGGAAACCACUGGUUAACUCUUCUAACUGCCAGAGAGGAGUUGGGGCCAUUGCUGGAAUUGGCAGAAGACUACUUCAUGCUCCCAAAGGCUCAGACUGCACUGUGACAGGGGCCAUGAGCCACUCUAGGACUUCAUCUUCUAAGGAGUAUGGCACACCCCCAUCCUCACCUAUUCCCUUUUAUCAGGAGACUAUUCCAGUAAAGCCUGUAGCCCGAGACUGGCAAUCAAAGCCAGAGCUGUGGGCUCCAGCUAUUUGUCAACAGCUCAAUGCCCAGCUGCAGCAACCUCUGGAACCAGGCAAGUCCCUAAUAGUGGGGCGCCUUCUAGCUGAACUUCAGAAUCUUCUGGCUGCUGUGCUGAAAGAUGGCAGUCCUGCAGCUUGGUACUACCUAUAUAAUGUGUUGGGCUCUCUGUCACCUUACCGGACCCUACUUUGUGACCACCUUGACCUACUACCUUUUUUGGAGCAGAUGUAUCAUUGGGCCCCCCAGAUCCAGAUCCAGUUUGGUCUGGAUUUUCUGGAGGUGCUGAAACAGGUCUUUCCACCAGAUACCUCUAUGAUGUUCUCAUCUACCCAUACUUGCUGCAGGCCCAAGAAGAAGCUUAAAUCAUUGAACUUUCAAGAUUUGGGCCCAUCAUGCCCUUUUGUUCAGGCUGAGCAAGAACAGAGGCAAGAACAGGAUGGAGAUAAAAAUUGGGUAUACCCUGUAACCCUCUCUGAGCUACAAUAUGCUCUAGGCAUCGUGGGAGUGGAUGUGGCCCAAGAUGAAGCCUUCUGGAUGCGUGGCCUUGGUCUUCUGCCUUUGGCCAUGGCCACAGACAUCCCUGUGAAUUAUAUCAGCAGUAAAGAAGAGUGCUACCGCCAUGGUGUUGGGGCUAGAAACAUAUCUCAGCUAUUAUCAUUAUCUUCUGCUGGAACAAGGGCGUCGAGCUCUUCCUACCCAACUCAGACUGCACAGCUAAAGAACCAGAUUAUUUCUAUGCUUUGGAGGAGCAAAUACCUAAUUCAGACCCACUUCAUCUACCUCAAUUUGGCUUCUACUAGGCAUUUCAGGCCAUACAGCCUGACAGUGGUGCCACAGUCUCAGGCAAACCCAGAGCACUACAUUUUUUCUCCUUUUGGAGUCCUGCACGUGCAUCCUGUGGAAGGCAGUGAGAUAAUAACAUUGGGUAUCUGGCACCGGCAUGCCAUGAUCUGGCAACAUCUCCAAGAAAUCCCCUUCUUCAAGCAUUUUCUUGUGAGGAGGGCCUUGAUUUGCUGGAGGAAGAAUGUUAAGUUGCAGGUCCUGGAGAAACGCCGGGCUUUCCUGGAGAACUACUUGUUCCAUGCGAUACCCCACUUUGGGGUUUGUCUGCUCCAUAUUAACAGGUUCUUACAGCAGUUACAGUCUGUUUCAUGGCUGCCCCAGGAGGAGAAUCUAUGCUACACACUUCCUGAGCUGCAGCGGGCCUUGGCCAAGAAGAAUAGAGGGGCUUUGCAGGUUUUGCGACGUUGUCUCCGCCUCUCUGCAGCUGUUCUCCAGCUGGUGCAUGAAGACACAUAUCGGAUGCGUCAGGGCCUGCAGGAGCGAGUGGAGAGCAUCUUUGAAUAUAGUGCAGCAAAGGGCUCCAUGUACCGAAAGUGGUUUCAUCGACAGCAGCUACUACAGAAACUGAACCGAGCUGAGCUGUGGUGGCAACUUUUGGGACGCCUUGCCUGCCUUGUUGACUAUAUGACUUGCCAGAAUCUUGUCUCUAUUUUGGAGAACGAGUUGGUCACCUUUGUUACUUGUGUUCUACAGGCUCCAAGAAAGGUUGCCUUUCUGUCAGGAAACGUGGCCUUUGGUGAAGAUGGAAAGCUGCUCGUGAUGCCAAGUGCUGAGCAGAUGGCCCAGAGCUUAUCUGGGUGGUUGAAUGCUGUGGUGACCUCAGCCCUAGAGGUUAUGAAGCCUACAGAGUUCCAAACCUCUCUACUCCCCUCCCAAGCCACUUCAGAUAAGUCUCAGAGAGAAAGCAGAUCAAAUAGUACAUCUGCGCCUAUAGAGGACGAGGAUGAAGAUGAAAUACUUCCAGCAUUUAUUUCCUUGGCAUUCCGGUCCCAACCUAAUGAAGCUGUCAGAAUAUUUUGUGGCCCUGAGACAGAGAUGGUGCGUUCAAGGCGGUCUGACCCUAGUGCUGGGCCUCUUGAGGUGUAUGGGCAUCGAAUAAGAUCCCAGUAUGCCCCUCCUAGCCGAAUUCAGCUACAGAAUGAUUUGAACACUAACCAUGGAAUCCAAACGGCCUUAACUAUCCAGCAAGCAUUAUUAGAGGAUAUGUUAUUGGAAGCAAACAUGUUCUGCAAUGAUCACAAAUGGCUUAGGGGCAUCCACCAAUUUGUGAAGAAUUGGGGACCCCAGAAGUUGGAGCCCAUGCGGGGCUGGACUGCUGCAAAAUAUAUGGAGCUCCUUACCAAGCUGGAUUCCUGGCAGAGCCAAUUGAAAGGGGUACCUACCAUGUUACUCACCAAAAAUAUGCUACUGCAUCUCAACUUUAAUUGUGUACAGACAGACCUUGUGUCACACUUGGCUGAUGUCAAGAUGGACAUCUUGGCUCAGGUGAACAAUGAGAGGUACACUCAAAAUCAAGAACUCAUGAAAAUUCUCUCAGAGUAUGUCCAAGUUCUCCAAAACAUCAGUGCUAACAUCCGGACCAUCGCCAAGUAUUCCCAAAAGCUGGCGGAGGCCAAUGAAAAGAGUGCAGACCUGGAGGAACGAAUAGACUACGUACGUGGUCUCAAUGACCUUGUCCGAACCAACUUUGGCAAAUUAACCCUUGAGGAUGAGAGACUGGAGAUUGCGCUCAUAGAUAUGUGGGAGACCUUCACCUUUGAGAAACUCCAGGCCUCUGAGUUCCUACUCAGCAAGAAGAGCACCUUCGUGCCCCAGCUUCAGGAAAUGAUAGCAGCUGCCCUGCAAGAGAUGGAAAACCUGAGCAUACAGGCUGUCACAGGAGUCUUCAUGGACCCCACCCAGGAGCAACGCAGUAUUGAGCGCCAGCUUAUCCGCAUGGAGCGUACAUAUCUCUCCAUUUCUGCCCGCCUCGCUGAGCUGCACCAUGCCUAUGUCAUCCUAAGUGAGGACCGGAAGCCAAUACCAACACCUCAAAAAGGAACCGAACCUAUUUUACUGCAACAACGUAUCUGGCGUCUCUUUAGUGUGUCCAGUGAACAAAUUAGUGAAUGGAAGUGUCUGGCUUUUUCUAAGUUCAGCACCUCUUUUGCAUGGGAUAAAACAGAUCACUGGUUGACAGAGGCAGCCAAACUAAGCAGGUUAUUCAGUCAGCCUAAUCCUGUGAUACAAGCCUGUAUGCACAAGCUGGAGGGAUUUCGGAGCUAUUUACCAGUGCUGUCUAUGCUAAACAGCCCCCAUAUGAAAGUCAGUGGCUGGCAUGCCAUUUUUCGAGCCAUGGGUAUAAAUUGUCCUGAACACAUUGAAUUCCUAACCUUGGGCCAGCUGCUUUCCUACCCCCUGCUAGAACACCGAGACCGAAUCCAUCAGAUCUGGAUGAGUGAGAAUGAGCGCUGCCAGUAUCAAGAGACUCUGCAGCAGCUACAGCAGACUUGGGAGGACCGACAGCUCCGCCUUCUCAACUUUAUGCUUUGUGUGCCCUACGAGCCCCCUGUCUUAGAGCGCAAGCGACGAUCCAAGGCCCGCAGCCAAAGCCAAUGCCAAUGCCAAAAACAGCAAACGGAGUUGGUGGCCAAAGACAGUGGUACCUAUAUCCUGUCUGAUAACGAUAGCCUACAGGAUGGAAUUAAAGAAAAUCUGCAAAUGCUGCUCAAAAUCUUGAACUCCCCUUAUGCUGGAGAUAUUCAGGAAAAAGCUAAGGAAUGGGUGACCAUCUUUCAGGGCCUACAUACCUUAAUGGAGGUUUGGGUGGUUUUCCAACAGAAGUGGAUUUUUCUGAAUAAAAUUAUCUAUGAGAUGAAGAUCCACUUCCCUACCCCAGAGCUGAGUGAAAGGUUCAAAGUGGUAGAUGCUCAAUACCGAGAACUCAUGAGGGUAUCUAUAGAUGAUCCUCUGGUGCUCUCUCUUAUGGUGCCUAGAAGUUCACGAAAUCCCAAAUUUCAAGACCAACAGCUGCAGAAGCUUCUGGAGGCAAGCAACUUGGAACUUGAGUGCAUCAUUACAGCCCUAGACACAGUGCUCUAUGGGGUCCGCUCUCGCUUCCCUCGCCUCUUUUUCCUCAGCGACAGGGAGCUGGUGGCCCUGAUGUCAGCCCCCCCAGAGGCAACUGAGGCCCAGCUGUGGGCCCACCGCUGCUUCACCAAUGUGAUGAAUGUGAUGUUUGGGCCAUGCAACUUCCAGUCAAGAAGCAGUGCCGUGGCCAUCAAAGAAGAGGCACAUUCCAUCGUAGGCAGAUAUGGAGAGGUAUUGACCCUGCGUUCCCCCCUGCCCCUACAACAUGAUAUCCCCAAGUGGUUAACCUGCCUUGAACAUUGGUUACGUGCGGUCUUAGUACAUGGGCUGCCAGAUUGUGUGGCUGCUCGCCUGGCCCUCCAUCAUUCCUUGGACCAUGUUUUCGAGCACCCACCAGAACCUGGACAGCACUCCCUCCAUCAGCAUGCCCGUCAUUGGCUAGAGUUGGCCCAGAACUUUCCAGUCCAGUGCGUGCUGGUGGCUGAGGAGAUAGCCUGGAAGACUCAGGUGGAGGAGACAUUACUGAAUCAAAAGGUCCACCUUCUUGGCCUCAUGCAGCUCCGUAGGCUGGAAGCCCUGGCCCACUUUGCUAGGGACCAACGGAGUCUCCAACUUGGGCAACACUCUUUCUCUCCUCGACAGUCCCUUCUGCUGAGCCUCUUGCUUACUGGGGCUGUAGCACACCGGGAUACAGCAUUUCUUCUGCAGCAGUACCAGGUCAGUGAGCUUGAAGACUUCCACUGGGCCCGUCAGUUCAAGUACCACUUGGGCCCUCGAAAAAGCAACAAAAACACAUGUUCUCUCAAAGAGUCCCCCCAAACUUGUUCAACGUCCUCACCCCAAAAGUGCAAGCCCAACUGUUGGGUGGAAGUGCUGGGGCAGCCCUUCCUAUAUAGCUAUGAGUACCUGGGCCCUGGCCAGAGGAGAGUGGUCAACCUGCUGCAUGAGCGGCCAGCCCUGGGUCUGUUGUUGGCCCUGAAGGAUGUGGCGUGUGGGGCCCUACUUGGACCCAUUGGUAUGGGCAAGAGUGACUUCAUUGCCAGGCUGGCCUAUGCCUUGGGCCGCCAACUGGUGACACUACCCUGUGUCAUGCACAUCGAGGCCCGCUGCUUAGGUCACUAUCUGAACGGAGCCCUGCAGAGUGGGGCCUGGCUCCUGCUGCAAGCUGUAAGUUCCCUGCCAACGGGCCUGCUCUCUGCUCUGGGCCAGCGCUUGAAUAAUCUGCGUAGUCUCUAUCAGCCUCUGCUACAGGGAGCUCCAGAAAUUCCAGAGAUGGAUCCAAUGCAGCUUCACAUCCUAGGCAGCAGCUUCUUUGAAAAUCAUCGAGUUCAUGUGCGCUUUGGCUACGGCUGUAUCUUAACACUUGACCGCCAGCAUUCCACAUUACCCCCCAACCUGCACAGCUUGCUUCGCCCUAUAGCCAUGGCAGCGCCAGAUCUACGGCAGCUGUCUGAAAUGACCCUGGUGGGAGCUGGGCUCCGGGAUGGUGGGCGCCUGGCAUCUCGUCUGGCCACGUUCUUCUCCUUGGAGAAGGAGCUAGAGCCUGGACUGCGAUACAGCCGCCUGCCCCUCCUCAGACAGGUGCUUGAAACGACCCUACAAUUCUUAGAAAGCUCCAAGGACCAGCUGGGCCCCCCGCUUCCCCGAACCCUCGGGGCUACAGAGGAGGCUGCUCUCCUGCUGGCCCUGCUCCACUGUCCAUUGUUCAGUGGUCCCGAGCGCCCCCGCCUCCACAUGCUGCGCCAGCUGCUCUCUGACAUCUUCCCAGGCGCAGGAAACAUCCUGGCCACUCCAUGGACCACAACUCCUCCCAAACUGCCAGAUCACUUAGUGCAGAUUGGCCUGCAUGUUACUCCAGAUUUCCUGAGCUCUCUGGAACAGUUGAGCCAGGCCUUGAAGGAGGUGCCUGGGAUCCUGCUCAUGGGUCCACCUGGCAGUGGUAAGAGCACCUGCUGGCAAAGCCUGGUUAAGGUCCAGAACCAGCUGGUGUCUAUGGGCAAAGCCUAUAAAAGCAGUAAGCCUGUGCAUACCACCUCCAUAUACCCCAGCAGCCUCAGCCCAGAAGAAUUCCUGGGCUGGUAUGAGGAACACUGUUGGAACCACGGGGUCUUUGCCCAGCAGUUGUUGGCUAGCGUAAGUCAACGUGAGAGAGACCCACAGGGAGUUGAGCAUUGGCUGGUCUGUGAUGGAGUGCCUAACUCUGCCUGGCUGGAUCCCCUUGCCUCCUUGCUGGGUGAUGUUGCUAAGCUUAGCCUGCCCAAUGGCCAACAAAUACCUCGGCUACCAGAAAUCCGACUCUUACUAGAGGUGGUAAAUACAGCUGGGAUGUCCCCCGUCAUAGUGGGAAGCUGUGCCCUGGUAUGGUGUGGGGGACAGCAGACAUGGCAAGCUAAGCUUGCCAAUCUAAUGACAAUGCUGCCCCAAGAGUACCAUCUGCUCCCCCAAACUAUGACUGAGUUGCACCAUCUCUCAGAAAGCCUGGUGCCCACCAUGCUUCGCUUCCUAAACCGCCAGGGUGCCACCUCUGUGCUCCACAUUCAUGGACAGCCGACAGCCAGUCCAGGGGUGACAGAGAUCACCACCAUGACCUACCUCCUUCGAGGGCUGCUUAACCCCUACCUGCAUUAUAGAGAAGAGGAGCAAUCAAAUGAGGACUUGAACGCUUUGAACACAAUUGUCCAAGACUCUGAGGAUAUUCAGGGCAGCAUAUCUUCUGAGGAAUUCCAGCAGGAUGUGGAGGGAGAGAGACAAUAUCGAAACCAUUUGCUGACUAUCAAUAGCUUCCUCUUGGCCUUCAUAUGGGGCUUUGGAUCCCACCUUCCAUCCAGGUUUUGGCCUACCUAUGACAACUUUAUCAGGGGAAUUUUGAAGCACUACCCCAGCUAUCCGGAGCUGCCCACCUCAGCCUCUGUGUUUGACUUACAACUUUGCCCUAAGGAUGGAACCUUAGUCCCCUUCACAGGCUUCUACUUGAGCAACCGGAUCAAGGGAGCUUUGGGGAUCUUCAACCCCUCACCCCAGGCAGAGCGAACACUGUAUGUGAUGGAUCUGCUCUUGAAUACGGGGCACCCUGUGUUGCUGACUGGAGAAGUUGGCUCUGGAAAGUCUACCUUUGUGGAAGUGCUAGUGGAGCCCAACCACUCGUGUGUGCACAUCCCGAUCCACCUGGCUCUCACUACAACCCAACUACGGAAACUUCUGAGUCAAGAGAUCCAGAGCCAGAACUGGCCAGGGAAACUCCUCCUCACUAAGAACUCAUCCCUUUUUCUGCUGGAGGACCUGCAUAUGGCAGCAGCUGAUGGCCCGCGGAGAUGUCAGCCUGUACUGGAGACACUGCGGCAGCUCAUCAGUCACAAAACACUGUAUGUCAAUAACACGCUGGAGCUGCAGGCCAUUUCCACCACUUUCAACUGGCUGGCCACAGCCACAGCGCCCAGCUGCUCGGAGCUCCCUCUGUGCUCACGCUUCACCCGGCUCUUCACGGUGCUGUUGCUAGGCAAUGUAAACCGGGCCACCCUUCUGGCCAGGCAUAGCCCAGGGAUCCAGGCCUGGCUGGAGCGCUUCCCAUCUGUGGAGAGGGAGGACUUAAUGGCCAGGGCGCUGAUCAACGCCACAGUGGAUGCCUGGGAGAAGAUGCAGAUCCACUUCCCCCCAUCUCCCUGUCACCCUCACUACCACUUCUCCUCCCAUAUGAUCGAACAUCUGUUCAGCAGUCUGCAGCGGCUGCACAUUCGACCUGCCUUAUGCCUUCCAGGGGCAGAGCAGCGGCUAGAGCAGCUGCGGUGCAUGUCAGGCCUCCGGGGUUCACACUUGACUACUCUGGUGGCCAUCAGGAGCAUCGUCCACCUCUGGCUGCACGAGGCCCAACGCACCUUCUCUGACCGCCUCGUUACAGCCAAUGAGCAGGAACUCUGUGUCCAGAUGCUGUUGGCUGUGGCAACCAAUGUUUUUGGUAAGGUCGAUGGUUCCAAGACCCUGUGGGAACCUGGGGAGCUCAAAAAGGAAGAUGAAAAGGAAGUGCCUGAGGUAGAAUCGGAGGGGGAGCUGGCCCAGUGGGAAGACCACAGUAGCAGUGAGAGUGAAGAUGAAGGUAAACCAGAGACUAGAGACCUACUGGCCUUGACUGAGACUUGGUCUCUUUUGGGCCCUGGCCCUAAAUUCAUGGGCUUGUCACCCUGGUCAGCUAGUGUUACUGAUAUUUCUUCCUCACGCUUUUCUUUGAGUCAGGAUUCUGUAAAGCCAGAGAAAAGGGCAAAGUUCCGGUGGCAGAAAAUCACUAACCCAAACUUAUCAGGUCCACUGUUGCUACCUGCCCUGAUGCUACUGCCCCAGGAACGAGCCAAUGAGCUGCUCUUCUCACAGGAACUGGCACUGAAGCGCUCUGCUGAGGUGUCUAGACCUUACCUGGAGCAAACCUGGGAUCUCUUAGAGAAGCAGUUGUCAGCUGUGCUCCCACAGUUAGGUCCAGGCCCCCGCCUAUCCUUGUGUCGCCCCUUUACUCAGCAUGUGGUUCGCCUGGCCAGGGUGUUGGCUGGUCCACGACAACAUGGGCUCCUGCUAUCAGGUGUCAAGGGGACAGGGCGACGAACUGCCCUAAGGUUAGCUGCCCAACUAAGUCAAGUUCGCCUCUUUGAGAUGCCCCUAGAACCUGAGACGUCUGUCCUGCAGUGCAUUAAGGAUGCCAGCUGGCAUAUAGGAUUCCUUAGCCAGCCAGCAGCCCUGAUGGUGCCAGAGGGGGCAGGUUCUUCCAUUUUGAACCGCCUACUAGUUAUCGCAAAAUGUGGGUGCUUCCCUGGCCAGUAUUCAGAGGAGGAGCUGAACACCAUUGUAGAGCAGCUGCCAUCGGACAAUACGGCUGUCAAGAUGAGUUCCAAGAAGGAGGCGGUGCUGCACAGGUUCCGCCAGCUGGUGUGCAACAACCUCCACCUAUUCAUCCUGAUGUCUGAUGGUUCUGGGCCUCCCCAGAUCCGCCCCACUGCCUUCCUGGCUCUCCUUGAUCUUACUUGCACCAGCAUUGACUACUAUGAGCCCUGGAAUAAGAAUGCCCUGAUCAGCUUGGCCCAGAAUUACCUAGAGGAUUUCCUUAAGAGAGACAUGGGCUCUAACCACCCAAGGCUUCCAGCUUUACAGACCUCUGUUGCCAAUAUGGGCAAAGUGAUGGCUUUGAUCCACCUGUCAGCCACCAAAUACUGUCAUCUCCUCUGUCCACUGCUGCCCUUAGCCACUCCCAAGACUUUCCUGGACUUUUUAGAUACCUUCUUGCUGCUGUACUUCCACAUAUCAAAUUGCAUCUGCAAGAAGAUUCAACGGAUUCAGUUAGCUCUUGAGAGACUGACCAUGGUGAUCGAACACAACAAUGCCCAUAACCGCUUGGUGGGCAUCCUGGAGACUGAGCUUCAAGACGCUCAUGAGGACCUCUUCAACUGCCAGCAGCAGCUCGAGGCUGAUCGGAUGCAAUACAUUCAGUACCUGCUGGAUUGUCAGCAACAGCAAGGACUCAUUGCCAAUCUUACCAAACAGAGAGACUUGCUGCAAAACCAGGAGGACUCAAUCACUGAACAGAUGGACCAGGCUUUCCUGAGGCCCCUCGCCCAACUUAAGGUGACCGACAUGGAUGAGCUGCGCAGUUACCGAGUUCCUCCCGCUUCUGUGGUGAUGGUGACUGAUGCCCUCUGUCUCCUGUUCCACCAACCUCCAGGAUGGGAGAGUGCCAGGCAGCUGCUAGGCAGAGAUGGCUUUUUCGAGGAACUUGUAUUCUUCGACAAAUCUAAGGUGGGAAAAGCUGACCUACAGAGCCUGAAACAGAUGCUGGAAGCUCCAGGCAUGAAUGACAAGGCCUUGCAGCUCGUGAGCCAGGCUGCAGCAGGGCUAGCUUCCUGGCUUCGGGCUGUAUUGUGCUUUGGAAUGGCGCGGCAGAAAGGGAUCCCAGCAUCAGCCUUGUUGAGACAGGUGGAGAACAUACUGAUGAACGAAGAGAUCCGCAUGGGCCGGAGCCAAAUGCUGGCGCAGGAGCUGAUCCAUCAAAACCAGAUCCUGACUCUGCAGGUCGAACAGUGUCGGCUCUCCCACAACCUGUUGGCCGAACGGCUCUCCAGGGCCAUUCAGGGCCUGGAGUCCAGGGAGCAGGUGAAGGCUGCUCUCAUCACCCCCAUGAAUAUCUGGUCUAACCUUAUUCAGGAUCUGAAAAGAGACUAUCAGACAGUAUCUGGAGAUGCCCUCCUUUCUGCAGCUGCCAUCAACUAUCUGGGCCCUUUCCCCCCUGCAAGGCGCCAGGAAAUCCUCAAAAAAUGGCUAGCACUGUGUGCAGGUCACAAGGUCCAUCUGGACCCAGAUGAUGUGGCUUUAGAGCUGGUCCAAGAACAGGUCCUACCAAGAAACUUAGAAGACUUCCUAAUACCCACCCGAGUACCCUUUGACCUUUUGUCAGUGCUGAGCUCCCAGCCUGAGCAGCACCAGUGGGAUCGGGAGCUGAAGCCCCACGCCGUGUCUGCCCGCUUCGCUGCCCUCCUCCUCCGAAACCCCAGCCACAGGUUUGCUCGAAGAUGGCCCCUGAUCAUUGAUCCUGAGGACCAUGCCUCUCUCUGGCUGCUGAAUAAUAGCCAGCAAGAGAACGAAGAUAUCCUGGAAAUUGCCCAGUUUCUGAACAGAUUUCAAAGAGGGAACACCACUGAAAAAGACACAAACAAGAAGGAAGAAUUAAAGAAGGACAAGGAGGAACAAAACGAGGAUGCAGCCACUCAAAAAUCAUCUGAUUCUGUAACUCGGUUCAAAAUACUUUCAGCCAGUGACUCCAGUCUGGGAAAGGAACUACUAGAAGCAGCUGCCAAGGGUCUGUCAGUGCUGUUAAGUAAUGUGGAGCUGGCUCUGGACUGUUCUGAGUUGCAGUGGCUCCUUCAGAGGGAGCAUCUGUGCCUCCCUGCAGUGCACCCCAACUUCUGCCUGUACCUGAGCACCAAUUUGCCCCUUGACACUUUAGCAACAGGUCUGAACUCGGAGACAUUGAAGAAUGUGAAUAUAAUAGAUCUACAUGUGAUUCCGGAGUUGAUAGAGGAACAGCUUUUCCAGGAGAUCGUGAGAACUGAAAGACCAGAAUUGGAGUCAAGAUGGAACAACAUGGAGAUCAACAUACUGGACGCUUAUGAUGACAUUGAGACAGCCCAGGAAAAGCUGCUGGGGCUCGUGUUAGACACAGAAGCAGAGCAACUAGGCCGAGUCCAUUUUCUGCGGGACGUAUUGUGCUACCAGGCAGAGAUAUAUCAGCGCAAGGCUGGCCUAGAAGAUCUAAAGGAAGUAAGGUACCAAGAGUGUGAGCUUCAGAUCCAUUACCAGAACAUGGCCCACCUGGGCCUCACCAUGUCCCAGUCCAUGUCCCCUUUGCGGCAUCUACACCCUCUCUACCCCAUAGCCUUGGAAAAUUGUCUGAAUGUGACACGCCGUACUCUAGGCAACACUGACUACCAGCUCACAUUGCAGCAUGGUGAAGACCUGGACAGCCACCUUCAGGAGCUGGGAAUCCGGCUAGGACGCCGGCUGCUGAUCAGUACCCUGAACUCCUUGCAGCCCCAUCAUGCACCGCUAGUAGGGGUGUUUGGUGGCUUGGCCCUACUGCAGCUAGCUGGGCAGGCACCUGCCCUGGAGAGGCUGGCAUUCUGUCCAGGACUAGCAGCCUCCCCAGGGGUGAAAAAGAAUGUUCCACCCUUGGAUGCCACCUGCCCUUCCUGGCUGGAACCCAAAGCCUGGCAGGAGUGUGGAUUGCUGGAGCUACUGCCCCCCUUUGAAGGUCUGCGGACUUCCCUGGUUGACCACUCAGUUGCCUGGCAGGAGUACCUGAAAUUGCCCUCUACAGUGUUGGGUCAAACACCAGGCCCUGGUACCACUCCUCUGAACUUACUUCAGAAGCUGGUGCUCUGGCGGGUACUACGACCAGAACAGCUAUCGAGGACCUUGGCUGACUUUACCACCUGCCUUCUGGGGCGUUCUUUAGCUGAGGAUCAGGAUCUAUCAAGCAACCCCUAUAGGCUUAGUCGUCCUACCCGGCCCCUGCUUGUGCUGAUGCCCCCACCAGACCACUUCACUGCCACUGUCCACCCUUUAUCCUUCAUCUGGAGCCUGGCAAAUCAACAGGAGCAGGAGCAUCUGCAGGUCAUUGGACUGGGUUCCUUUCUAUGGGACCCUGCUCAGUCUGUGAUCACAUCCCUGAAUCAAGCCAUGCGAAAGGGCCACUGGUUAGUGUUGGACAACUGCCAUUUGAUGUCUUCUUGGCCACCUGCGAUCCUGGAGACUUUGAUGGGGAUGAUAGAGGGGGCUCAUGUGAUAUCAGAAGUUCUGCCACUGCCCCCGCACCUCUCCAUGUCCAAGCAAAAUCUAGUUGUGCAUAAGAAGUUCCGGCUAUGGCUUAUCUCCUCAGCUAAUGCAGUUGACUCCCUUCCAGUGGUGAUAGUGCAGAACUCAGUUCCUAUAUUCUGGGAGAAGUCACUGGAACUGAGCCAAAUCCUGAUAUACAGCCUAUAUGAAAACAGGAAGAUCCAGGCUAAUAUGGAAAAUUAUAAACCCUCGGUGUCCCUAACUCUGGCUCUGCCAGUGAUAUUCCUGCACAGCCUUCUGUUGCACCGCCAGCUCUAUGGGCCCUGGCUUCAGGCCAGGUAUGGCAGAUGGAAUCAGAUAACCCUGGAAACGACACUAAAAACACAGGAAUGGAUAUGGAAGAAAUUCAGCAAUCCCUGGGUGGCCUUGCAAGAGCUGACUGGAAACAUUUUUUAUGGAGGGUAUGUGGCUGAUCCCGAAGACCAGGCUGCCCUAAUCAGUAUUGUCCAGGCUUGUUUGGACCCUUACAAUGAGCCAAGGCCCAACAGUUUUACCCCACAGAAUCUGCUAGCUACCCUCCAACCAUCUCCAGGGCUGCUGGAGUUGGAUGCAAUAGCAGAGACAGAGACCCAAGCACACCUGAUAACUACACUAUUUGAACCUCGCAACAGUGGACUAACUGAAGGGCCCCAGGCUUGGCUAGCUCAGAAACAGAGUCAGUCCCUUUGGGCUUCUCUGCAGCAGGCCCAAGAUCUCUGGGGACCCUUAAGACUGCCCAGUGCCCAGGCCCAGGCCCUUUGUCAGGUAGAGUAUCGACUGAAGCAUCGAGUGUCCCAGGCCAUCCGGAGGCUCAAAGCAUUGCAGGCCAUGCUGGCUUUGAGCUCUCAUUGCAAGACUCCAGGUUGGAACUCUUCUAAAGGGCUGCAGACGGUGGAAGGCUUCUUGGAGGAGGAGGGCACAACCCUGGGUUUGCUGUUGCUAGAGCUGCAUAGUGACCUUUGCUGCCUGCAAAGGCGGCUGGCAGGGGGCCUUCCUUGUUCCUCCCUCCGAUGUGAAAAAGUGGCCGUGGCUCUUUGGGCUGGCCGGUUCCCUCCACCCUGGAGACGGCACUCAUCCACUGGGCCCCAGCCACCCUGGCUCUGGCUGCAUCAGCUAUGGUGCAAGGGCCAGUUGCUAACCAGAUACCUAAGUCUAUGUGGACAGUUAGGAGGUGUGGGGCUUGACCAGUACAGUCGCUCCUUUCACCUGUCGGCUUUCCAUCACCCCAGAGGGUUACUGCUGGCCAUUCGCUGGGAGGCCAGCCAGAACUGGACCUGCCCCUUCAUUACUGGAAAUCUAAGUGCACAUGCCAUCUCUGGCCCUCGCCAACCUCCUGUCUGCCCAGCCACCAUCCCUGGUGUCUACCCUCGUUUCCAGUUGCGCCCCAGUUACAUCUCCCCCUCACAUAACCCAUCCCCUAGCCAAGGCUCUACCAGCGCAGGCCCCCAACUUAGUACUGGACCCGGACCCAGCCCCAGUGCAGGCCCCCAACUCAGUCCUAGACCCAGCACAGGCCUUGGAUCCUGGCCCAGCACAAGUCUCCAACCCACUCCUGGACACAGCCGCAGCCCCAGUGCAAGCCCCCAACUCAGGGCUGGUCCCACAGUGACCCCAGAAUCAGCCUUGCACCCAGGCCCCUGGAGGGGGUCUCAACCCAGUCCUGGCCCUGGCCCCAGUGGAGGUCCUGCCCCCGAUCCCGGUGGUGGCUCUGCCCCCGACCCCAGUGGUGGCUCUGCCUCUGAUCCCAGUGGUGGCCCUACGCUCAGUCCUAGCAGUUCUUCCAUAUACGGUCACUGCUUCUAUAGGCGCCUGGGCCUUAGUCGCAGUUUUGGUGGGAGUACCACCCUGGGGCUUGGCUUGGGCCAUUUCCCUUCCUCCAGCUUCAGCACCGGCCAGGCUCGACAAGGGAUUGAAGCAAUCAGCCUUCACUUUCAGGUGGAAUGUGGACCGCAGCCCAUAGCUCCUGAGGGCGGCCUUCUAAUAACAGACCUGCUGGUUCACCACGCUGAAUGGGACCCCAAGGACAAAGCCCUGCAAGAUGGCCACUCCGGCAAGCCCAGCCCUCUGCCCCCUGUCAGUGUCUGGCCCCAGUAUAAACAUGAUCCCAUAUUGCUGUCCUCUUCUCUGCCUCUCUACCUCUGUCCUGUCUACUUAGGGGGGGUCCUGGGCUCUUCCCGGCUAGACAGACACCACCUCCUGCUCCACCUGCCCUUGCCCACCAAACUGUCUCCUGCCACCUGUGCCCAGCGCAGGGUGUACGCAUGCAGUCCUGCACUGCGCUGAGCCAACAUCUGGAAUAAAGGCAGCUGAAGCCA